CCCCGCGCGGCGCCGCCUCCGCCAUUGCUGCGCGCGGGAGCGGCCGACGCGGACCUCGCCGCGCGCUCCGAGCCAGACCUGCGAGCCGGCGGGGCGGCAGCCUCGGCUCUCCCGGAACCAUGGUGAAGUUGGGGAACAAUUUCGCGGAGAAGGGCACCAAGCAGCCGCUGCUGGAGGAUGGCUUCGACACCAUCCCCCUGAUGACGCCCCUCGAUGUCAAUCAGCUGCAGUUCCCGCCCCCGGACAAGGUGGUUGUGAAAACGAAGACCGAGUACGAGCCUGACCGCAAGAAGGGCAAAGCACGUCCUCCCAAGAUCGCUGAGUUCACCGUCAGCAUCACGGAGGGGGUCACCGAGAGGUUUAAGGUCUCCGUGCUGGUGCUCUUUGCCCUGGCCUUCCUCACCUGUGUCGUCUUCCUGGUCGUCUACAAGGUGUACAAGUAUGACCGUGCCUGCCCGGAUGGGUUCGUCCUCAAGAACACCCAGUGCAUUCCAGAAGGCUUGGAGAGCUACUACGCAGAGCAAGACUCCAGUGCCCGGGAGAAAUUUUACACAGUCAUCAACCACUACAACCUGGCCAAGCAGAGUAUCACUCGUUCUGUCUCACCCUGGAUGUCCGUUCUGUCAGAAGAGAAGCUGUCCGAGCAGGAGACUGAAGCCGCCGAGAAGUCAGCUCAGUGAGGUGGGCAGGUUCCUCACAAUGAGUCACUUGAAGGUAAAAAGGGACUUGGAGGGACGUUUCAUUAAAUAUAAUUACCAAUAAUUUAGAGGUUACUCAUUUAUGGUGCAACUGCUUCUGUUUGCUGAUGCUGCUUUGCAAAUAAAACUUGCUGCCGGCCACUCAUGGGCAUAAAACCAAGUGCAUAUCAGCGUUGCUUAAACAGCUCUGACACCACUUUUCAUGUUAAGGAGUCUUAAUUUAGCUACUUUACGGGGACUUAUUGGAUGCUAUCAAAAAAUAAAUUUACACUGGAUAUGCAAGGGGUUUGGAUUCAGAUAAAUAAUGCAUUUUGUGGAAUUGAUUUUUUUACGCCCCCUCCCCUUGCUGUUUGAGAUCCUACUCCACAGCUGUAUUUAGAGUGACCCCCACUUUGCUAAGAGCAAGCUGUACUUAAGAUUUCUUCCAACCUUCAGUCAGGCGGCAACAGAGCCACCAAGCCGCAUGGUGGUGAGGUGCGCAGAGAAGGAAGGAAAUAGGCCUUCUGAGAGCAAACAGACCCUCUUUCCUUCCCUGUGCUCAUUCCUAAGUGCGCAGGUGUCCUGUGGCCAGACACACUCGGGUGGCUGUGUCCCCCACCCCAACCACCGGAGUUGGCAUCUUGGUGCAGAGUGGACCAUGUUUUGCUCCAGUGCAUGCAGACCGUGUCCCAGCAUGUGAGGUGAGGGGCUGAAGGAAGAGCGGCCCCCAGGCCGCAGGACUCUGUCCCCCUGUAGGUAGUCCGUCUGCUCUGUGAUGUGUUAAAUAGGAACGAAACCCCUUUGGCCUUUUUGUUCUCUUCUGUUAUGAAUAAUAUUCACAUCAACAGCCCUGUUAGCAAGUUAGUUUUUAAAAAACUUAUUUGUGUUGGAAAAGUGAAAAUGUAAUUGCUGGGAAGCCAAGAUCAAUUUUUAUUUUGUGAACUAGAACUCCUUUGAUGUAUGAAGCAGGCAGGAAAGGCUGGGAGGGGCUCAUGUGGCAACUUGCAAAUCCAAUGAUGACAUUUCAAUUCACCGAAUCUUUGUAAGAAAAUUAUGUCUCAACCUGAAUCUUGACAUUAAAGUAUAUGUUUACAAAAUUGCCAGUUAGAUAAGCUAAGUGUGUAAGACGAUUAAAUAGAAAAAAAAAAAAAAGACAUUCGCAGACAUUUUCUUCCAUGUUAUUUGAAUGUGUUGUUUCUGGUGGACAUGUCAAAAGUUUCACUGUUUUUUAGUAGAUCAAAAAUAAAUGACAACUAGUGCAAGAUCUGUUGCAAACAA